AUGUCCAACCUCCUCUUCAAGGCCGCGGCUCCGGCGCGCGCACUUGCAAAGAGCCAUAACCUUUCCGGAGGACCGAAACUCCAGCAGUGCCUCCGGAAAGGCGCUCGGCUUCACACGGCUUCUUUCAGCUCUCGAGCUGAGCGACCCAAUGCCCGGAAAGAGCACAAUGCUCGGGCGUCUCAGAGGACUUUCCACGCGACCAAUACCUUGCUGCAGAAGGAUCCGUACAAAGCCCUCGGCGUAGACAAGUCCGCAACCGCCGCCGAGAUCAAAAAGGCAUACUACGGCUUGGCCAAGAAGUUCCACCCCGACACCAACAAGGAUCCUACGGCAAAGGACAAGUUUGGCGAGAUCCAAACCGCCUACGAGAUCCUCUCCGACCCCAAGAAGAGAGAGCAGUACGACCAAUUCGGCGAUGCCAGCUUUGAUCCCAACGCGGCCGGAGGCAAUCCGUUUGCUGGCGCAGCUGGCGGCAAUCCUUUCGCAGGAUUUGGUGCGCAGGGCGGAUUCGGCGGUGGAUUUGGCGGCGGUUUCAACUUUGAGGACUUGUUUUCGGCUUUUGGUGGCCGUCGAUCGAAUCCUUUCCAGCAGGAGAUUCUCGUGGGCGACAACAUCGAGUCUCAUGUGAGCAUCAGCUUCAUGGAGGCUGCCAAGGGAACGAGCAAAACCAUCACCAUCACACCCGUCGAAUCUUGCAACACAUGCUCCGGCAGUGGCUUGAAGUCUGGCGCCCAGAGGACUCAGUGCCACAGCUGUGAAGGAACGGGAACGCGGGUUCACUAUGCGCAGGGCGGCUUCCAGAUGGCCUCGACAUGCGGAACUUGUGGAGGAACUGGCUCAACGAUCCCAAAGAGCUCCGAGUGUCGGACGUGCUCUGGCCAGGGUGUCGUGCGCAACAAGAAGACCAUCACCGUCGACAUCCCCGCAGGUAUCGAGGACGGCAUGCGGCUCCGGAUAGACGGGGCCGGUGAUGCUCCCAUAACCGGAAGGUCCACCAGCCCCGAUGCCCGGGCUCAGCGCGGAGACCUCUACGUCUUUGUUCGGGUUGCUACGGACCCCAAAUUCAGCCGCGAGGGCUCCAACAUCCUCUACACAGCAAACAUUCCCCUCACCACGGCCAUUCUCGGCGGACAGGUUACGAUUCCCACGCUGGACGGCACGGUUAACCUCAAGGUGGCCACCGGCACCAACACCGGCGACAAGGUCACUCUGCCCGGGAUGGGUAUGCAGCGCCUCGGUUCGCGGAGAGCGGGAUCCGGUGAUCUAAAGGUCGAAUUCCGAGUCAAGAUGCCCAAGUCGCUCAGCGCCAGCCAGCGCACCAUUCUCGAGAUGCUCGCCGAUGAGAUGGACGACAAGUCAGCUCGCCGCGUUAUGAACGUUUCAAGGUCAGAGGGAGAUUCCAAAACUUGA